AUGGCUUCUGAUCAGAAUGAAGUUAGCAAGGGAUUGGAGUGGAGGAUAAAGGUGGCAGAUGGCUCAUCAGAGAUUUUGGUUCCUGAGGCAAAGUCUGCAGCCACCAGAGUCUUGCUUUGUCUGAAGGCUUUUAUUGUAGGGCUGGCUUCAAAAGUUUGGAAGUUUUUGCUCAAAGCAUGGGAUGUAGGAGUUGAUGACCCCAGAAAAGUGAUCCAUUGUCUAAAAGUAGGGAUGGCACUCACUGUUGUCUCACUCUUUUACUAUAUGAGGCCUCUGUAUGAUGGUGUUGGAGGGACUGCUAUGUGGGCAAUCAUGACAGUUGUGGUUGUAUUUGAAAACACUGUCGGUGCAACAAUAUGUAAGAGUUUGAACAGAAUGUCUGGAACUUUUCUUGCUGGAUUUCUUGCAGUUGGUGUUCAAUGGAUUGCUAGUCAGUCAGGAAACAGAUUUGAACCUAUAAUUAUUGGAGCCUCAGUUUUCCUCUUAGCUUCUGCAGCAACUUUCUCAAGAUUCAUUCCUUCGGUGAAAGCCCGGUUUGACUAUGGUGCUAUGAUAUUUAUCCUUACAUUUAGCUUGGUUUCAAUAUCGGGUUAUCGGGUGGAUGAAGUAUUUAAUUUGGCCCAUCGGAGACUAUCCACCAUUAUCAUUGGCACUACCUUGUGCAUUAUUGUAAGCAUGCUUGUUUGCCCCAUUUGGGCUGGUCAAGAACUCUUUACUCUCAUCUUUCGUAACAUGGACAAGCUUGCCGAUUCCCUAGAGGGUUGUGUAGGUGAAUACUUCAAAGAUGGUGACGACAUUGAUGACAGUGAUAAAGAAUGUCAUAAGAAACUGCAAGGAUACAAAUGCGUUCUAAGUUCUAAGGCAGCAGAAGACUCUAUGGCCAAUUUUGCAAGAUGGGAGCCAGCUCAUGGCGGCUUCAACUUUCGGCACCCAUGGAAACAAUACAUCAAAAUAGGGGCAUCAAUGCGCAGCUGUGCUUAUUGCAUUGAGGCUCUCAAUAGUUGCAUCAAUUCAGAAAAUCAGGCAAAUGAAUAUAUAAAGAAGCAUAUCAGCAACAAUUGUUUGAAAGUAAGCUCCAACUCUUCUGGUGUCAUAAGAGAGCUAGCUUUGACCAUCAAGACAAUGAAGAAAUCAUCCAACAUCCAUUUCCUGGUUGGAGACAUGAACAACGCAGUGCAAGAGCUCCAACCAGAAGCUGCAGAAACCCCUGAAAAUAAGACAACAGAGCAGCAGCCAGCCUCAAAAACAGUGGUUACAAUAAUGCCUAUCGUGGAUAUUAUUCCACUAGUAACUUUAACUUCAUUGUUGAUUGAAAUUGUCUCAAGGAUCAAUGGCAUUGUCGAUGCUGUUGAGGAACUAGCAGAUUUGGCUGAAUUCAAGCCUGCAAGCAACGAUAAGUGCGGAAAAGAUGAUGAUCAGCUGAAUAACAAUUUUUUACCAGAUCAGCAGAAAGAUAAGGAUACCAUGAAGAAGGUCUUUCCACGGGUCUGAGUUCUACAGAAUUUACUUUUUCUCUUUUGUUAAAGAAUUGGAAGAAAUAAAGGAAGGGAGCGAGGAUGAAGUUCAUAAUUAAGCAUCGAUUUACCAAAAUCUUUGAUAAGUAUAGCUGAUUAUCAUAGGAAAAGAAAUGCUGUAAAACUGUAGAGAAUGAGUGUGAAAGUAAACAGGAGUAAAGGUGUCAGAAUUAUAUUUUCCAUAUAUUCCGUAAUUAUGUUGAUAUUGAAAUAUUCUCUAUUUAUGGGUUGAUUAUAAUCAUAUAAUGGGAUUGUAAUCAAAUUAAUGAGAUUUGAUUACCAAACUUGUAUUUAGACAUUACCCUAUAAAUAAGAACUUUUGUAUUGUAGACAAAUCAAGUUAAUGAGCACAAUGUAGCCUUUAGGGGUAUUUCUAGUGGUGAAUGUAGGUGUCUAACACCGAAUCACCCGUAAGUUCUUUGUGUUUAUUCUCUAUAUUGCUUCCGCUUAUUUCCGCAUAAUCAUUAUUUCAACAUGGUAUCAGAGCCAUUGUAUGGCCCAAUGGUCUGUGUAU